UCCCCAAACCACCUUAGAAGGCCUGGACUACUAAACGCCCUCAUGUAUAUGUGAUCUGUGAUCUGUGAUCUGUGAUGGCCUCCAACAGCAUGAACAGUUUCUCUCCUGACAAGCCGUUUGUCUACCAGCACUCCAUUAUGCAUCCUGAGCUGCAGAGGCUCCUAGAAGACAACUUUAACAUGGUGCAGCCAGCUCAAGUGGAAGAAUACAGAGACAAAAUAUCAGCCAUUUUCUGUUUUGUGGCUCCCCCUGUUCGAGUAGAGUUGAUUGCCUCAUUUCCCAAUCUGAAGGUUGUUGGCAACUGUGCCGUUGGUUAUGAGCACGUUGAUGUGAAGGCUUGUUUCGAACGAGGCAUUCGUGUUGGUUACACACCAAACGUCCUCAAUGCUGCUACGGCUGACAUGGGGUGGGCGUUGCUAUUGGCUGCGGCUAGACGGGUGGUUGACGGGGACAAGAUCUCGAGAGAUCCGAGCACUGAACAUUUUGAGUUGAACAGUUUUGGAUUCCAGGUCAGUGGAACCACACUUGGGAUUAUCGGAAUGGGACGGAUUGGACUGGAGUUUGCAAAACGAGCAAUGGGGUUUGACAUGAAGCUACUCUACUACAAUAGGAGCAAGUAUAGUAAGGAGAUUGAAGAAUCAUUGAAUGCAACAUACACUCCUAACUUGGAUGACUUGCUCUGUCAGUCUGACUAUGUAGUGUUGUUAGCACCAUCCACCCCUGAAACCCACCAUAUGAUGAGCAGCCCCCAAUUCAAAGUCAUGAAAAGGUCUAGUAUCUUUGUGAACAUUGCUCGUGGGAAAUUGGUCGAUCAAGACGCCCUGGUUGCUGCUCUGAGGGAUGGAACUAUAGCAGGUGCUGGAUUGGAUGUGACGGACCCGGAGCCCCUACCACGAGACCACCCCCUCCUCACACUCCACAACGUCACACUCACACCUCACACUGGCAGUGCUACCCUACACACACGAGCAGGGAUGGUACAGAUGACCAUUAACAAUAUUUGGGCCGCUCUAAAAGGACAGGAGAUGGUGAACGAAGUCAAGUCUAGCUAAUUAAUGUAUAGUCUGACAGUAUGUGACCAGCUGUUGCUUUACUGGGUCCUUAUGUGUUUUUGUGAUUGUGUUAAUGAACAAAAUUUGAAAUGAACAAAAUUUGAUCUCUGC